AUGGAUAUAGCUCCAUUUGGAUUCCACGGACCGAUUAUGGCACAACCAAAUAUAAUAACAGCGGCACCGACUGUGAUAGCCCAGCCAGCCAUGCCAAACUUAAUGCCUAACCCGAAUAUUAUCACACCUCAACUGAUUACACCACCCAUCAUCAACCCUAAUAUUAUUAACCCACAAAUGAUUAACGCUGGAAUGCUUAAAGGAAACUUGGCCGCCAAAAUGCCCUCAGGCAUACAAUACCCAAUGAAAACACUCAUUGAUAACCUCCUUAACCCUGUUGUUGUUAAGGUUCCAGAAAGGGAUGACACGCCUAAACUAACGAAUGUUGUAUACGUAGGCGGACUGACGGUUGAUACCAAAAAUGAAUUCGUGAUUAACAUCUUACAGAAAUGUGGUAAAACAAGUCAUUUUAAGAGACAUACUGACCCGUCUACUGGGUUGCUUUCUACAUUUGCGUUCUGUGACUUUGAGUCGCCAGGCGGAGCUUAUUUCGCAAUAGAAUGCCUAGCAGAUUUGGAUUUUGGUGAAAACAAACUAAAGGUGAGUUGUAACUCAAGAGUAAAAUGUCAAAUUGAUGAUUGGAGAGAAGGAAAAAUAGAAGAAAUGUGUAGAAACAUGCCAGAGAAGACGAGACAGGAAGUGAUAGAGGAGUUAGAAGCAUAUAAAGUUAAACUGAGAAAUGAAUUCAUUGAACUGAUAAGCAUGCAUUUUAAUACUAACAAGGAAGGUGAUCCGGAAUCUGCGUCAGAAACAGUUACCGCAGGAUUAAAGGAAUCUAGCGCGAGUAGAGAAAGUGAAAAACAAACAAAAGAUAAGAAUGAAAAGACAAAAGAGAGAGAUGAGACAGGCCUUACUAAGGAGUACACGAUACAUAAAAAGGAAGCUGAUAGAAUAUUUAAGCUAAGACAGAAGAAAAGAAAUUAUGAUAAUAAAUAUAAGGAACAAUUGUCACAUUGGACACAGGAGGAGGAUAAAUUAUUUAGAAAAAUCAAAGCGCUGUUUGAAGUGCCGCCAUCAAAAAGAGAUAAACUCAUAGAGCUGGACUUGGCAGGGAAAAGUAGGCCUAACUUAAAGCACAGGAAACAAGAAAUUGAAGAUGACCUGAGAGAUGAACGGGAAGAACAAGAUGAGAAUAAAGCCAAAAAGAUUUCAGUCAAGCUCUUUUCCUCAGGUUCCACAACUUCUCGUUCAGACAUGACGAAUAAUGUUAAAAAUGAGCCUAAUAAACGCAUAAAAUUGGACACCAAGUCAACAGCCUCAGAUAGUAGCACAUCUCAUCGUGUAGCCUCAGAAUCAUCCAGUUCGGUAGUGAAACUGUUUUCUGAAGAGGCUGAGGAGGUGAAAACUGCCCUUACUGAAGAUCAGAUUUGGGAAAUGGUCCCCAAAACUGACAUUCUUGACGCUUCCCUGGAGUGGGAUGUCCUGUUCUCCACAAACUUGAGUAUUUUAAUUGAGCCCUGGAUUAGGCGCUGCAUUCUCGAGUACAUGGGUGACGAGGAGAGUCUUGUGAACGACGUCCUGGAGUUCAUCUUCUCCAGACUCAAGGAGCGUCCCAAGGCGAAGGAACUUCUGGCUGACGUUGAGCAGUUCCUUGAUGAGGAGAGCGUCGGAUUUGUAACUCAGCUUUGGCGACUCUUGUUUUUCCACCAAAUUCGUCUCAAAAACCUAUAA